GAUAGCAAUGGCAAGUUAGCUAUAUCAAAUGGGACCUUUGGAAUGGCUACAAAGGUAUCCGCAGUCAAUCUGCCUGAAGCAGAUGGAAUACUUGGUCUUGCUUAUAAACCUGACUCAGGAACUGGAACACCCUUCAUCAAGCAAUUUAUCGAUGGCAGUAAGUUGAUGCUAUGCUAG